AUGGCCAGAGACAAAUCCAACACAGCCGUCAUCGUCCGCGUUCCCGACGGCCAAUCUCCAAAGCUCUCUAAAGAGAACAUCCAAAUCCCAUCCCCGGAAUCGAACCAGGUGCUUGUUAAGAUAUCGCAUGUUGCACAGAAUCCUACUGACGUCCAAGCCUUUGACUCCAAUGCAUUUGGCGAUGGAGCAGUGCUCGGAUGCGAUUUCGUAGGCGAAGUCGUUGAGUUAGGGAGUGGUGUUACCCGCUAUGCGAAGGGUGAUGUUAUUGCGGGGUUGGUUUGGGGAGGCGAAACAAAAGGCCUAGGUGGAUAUAGCCAGUACUGUCUAGCCGACGAACGGAUCUCGUUCAAAAUCCCUAGCGCUCUUUCUCGCGAGCAUGCGAGUACUGUUCCACUAGCGUUGGCGACGGCUUGGCUUGCUCUGUUUUCGAAGGAUUGUCUUGCCAUUGAUUGGUCAAGUGGUUCGACAGUGCUGGUUUGGGGUGGAAGCUCGAGCGUCGGCCUCUACACCAUCCAACUUGCCACAAUCUUCGGUAUAAAAGUAGUAACAACAUGCAGUCCCAAGCACGCCAAUUUGGUCCGCUCCUACGGCGCCAAGCAUGUCUUCGACUACAAGGAUCCGCAGGUCGUUGAGAAGAUUAAGCAGGCCGCUCCUGGUCUGAGGUAUGUUUUUGAUACGAUUGGGAAGCCAAAUUCGUCUGCGACUGCUUCAAAUGCACUCGCUGGAAAAGGCAGUCUUUGCACCGUCCGGCCUGGGAAGGCAAAUACGGAGAAUGUUGUGGAUGGGACUAAGAUUACUGAUGUCCUGGUUUGGACGGCUUUCUUAAAGGAUCAUGCGUAUGGGGAGUUUAAGUGGCCUGCUUCGAAAGCGGACCACGAACUCUGCAGCGAGCUAUUCAAAAAAGUUUCCGAAUGGUUAGAGAAGGACGUCGUUAAGCCGAGCAACCCUAAGGUGUUUUCUGGGUUGGAUAAGGUUGGCUAUGGGUUCCAAGAAUAUCGAGAUGGAAAGGUUUCAGCGUAUAAGAUUGUUUAUAAGGUUUGA